AUGGUGGAGUUGAAGACACCUGUUACGAGUGCGGUGCGCUGUUACGUGAGCCCACAGAGCCCCACGUGGCAAAAUUCUUCCUUUCUUCCGAGUUUGAAGAUGGACGCUCUGAGACGCGCUGAUGCGAAAGUAGCUCAAGCUACUCAUCCCAGGAGGAACACCAAGUGGAGGAUGCAGAGGUAUAAUCCUCUGUUCUACAUUAAGCGCAUCAUCAACAACUUGAAGAGUGUAGGCCGCAGAAGACACUGA